UGACAUCGUCACAAUUUUCUUGAGAUCGAAACUAGUAUGUCGCCGGGCAUAAAGACAAGUUGGAACAGCGGCAUGGACUAUGGCUUCUCAGUGAUAAGGAAUAUGAUGUGGAUAGUCGGUGUGUGGCCUUUGCAGCAGGACGAUAUAGUUUGCACAUUUCGCUGGUGUAUCAUAUUCAUUGUAGAGUCUCUCACAGUGAUCAGUCUGCUGAUAGAACCUUUCAAGAACUGCGGUGACACCAAAGACGCUCUGGAUGUUUUUCUUAUAAUAGAAACUAGCUUUCACGCGUGGAUAAACAUAGUCUUUGCGCGUAUUUAUAUGAAAAAGAUUGUCAUCAAUGUGAGUUCUGCAAUUGACGAUUGGUCGUCCUCGUCGACGGAGAAACAGUCUUAUCUAAUAAUGACGGGAUAUGCACGAAUAGGUCGAGUGAUCACUGUGUCUCAAUUGAUAAUUGGACUUCUAGCCGCUGUCGUAUACUUUACCACUAUUAUCGUCGGAAAUCAACAACAGGUCGUAACUAUUGAUAAUAAUACAGUAACUUUAUGGAAUUUUGUUCUUCCGUCAACAUGCCUGUUCCGAGGGAUUUCAUAUUCUACAUAUAAGGCGCUUAUCCUCAUGCAAAUAUUACAGUCGUUUCUAAUCUACAUAGCAGAAUGCGCAAGCGAUUGCUUCUUCUUUGCUAUUACCAUGCACCUCUGCGGCCAGCUAGAGCUCUUGAGGAUUUGCUUUGUUGAACUCGUUGGAAAAAAAACUGACGGGAAGAAUAAUUAUCGCAGCAUAUUGGGUUCUUGGAUCAGAAGGCACUACAAACUAAUAAUGCUGGCUAAAAAUAUUGAAGACGCCUUUAAUCUUAAUAUUUUAAUUCGUUUAUUAAUAACUACCGUUGUCACUGCAGUUUCAGGGAUGCGUAUUAUUGUAUCCGUUAAACACAAUGAUUAUACUAAUGUAGUUAAAAGUAUGAUCUUCGUCCAGUUUUUCAUCGUACAAUCUUUCUUGUUCACGCACGCCGGCGAAACAUUGCAGAAACAAAGCGAAUCGAUCGUUUCGGCAAUAUACAACACAACGUGGCACGAAUUGCCGCCCACCAUAGUAAAGGAUUUGAUAUUUAUUAUGAUGAGGACGAGGAUCCCUCUUCAACUCACUGCUGGAAAAUUUUUUUAUAUUACUCGAAGUACUACGACAGAUAUUCUGAAAGCUGCUUUGACAUACAUAUCAUUUUUACAGGUGACAAUGAAAGAAUAAUCCAAAUAUUUUAUGGAACUGUUUGUUUAUCAUAUCACAUGACAUGUAGAUAAUAGCGUGUAGAUAAAUGAAAAACAAAAUAUAUUUAUAUAUUUCAGUAUAUUUAUGUCAUUUUUUUCUCGGACCGUAUU